AUGAUUCGCAAUAAUCAAAGGAAAACCAGUAGAGCCUCUACAGAAGAUUUUCAAGAAAAAUUGACAACACCUUCAUUUCACACUGGCUACGUACAACCUAGGCAAGUGUUGACACAGGAGCUUCAUCUUGAACUCUGUAGCUACUUGCAAAGAGCUUCAGAUAUUUACUUUGGCCUUACACCAAAAGAUGUUAGGAAACUAGCAUAUCAAUUAGCAGAUGCUAAUAAAUUGGCUAUGCCAAAAUCAUGGAUGGAAAAUUAUUGUGCUGGGAGAGAUUGGUUUACGUCUUUCCUCCAAAAAAAUCCGACAUUGUCUUUAAGAGCUCCAGAGGCCACAAGCAUUGCACGUGCCAUAAGUUUCAACAAACACAAUGUUGAAAUGUUUUUCAAUAAUCUUCAGGUGUGUCUUCAACGUCACCAAUUCACACCAGCAGAUAUUUGGAACAUGGACGAAACAGGGGUAACUACAGUUCAAAAGCCUGAUAAAAUGAUCUCAAGAAAGGGUCAAAAGCAAGUUGGGGUAUUAACCUCAGCAGAAAGAGGUGCUUUAGUUACCUUGGCAUGUGCUGCCUCUGCUAUUGGUAACAGUAUUCCACCUUUUUUUGUAUUUCCGAGAGUCAAUUUUAGGGACCACUUUUUAACUUCUGGACCACCUGGCAGUGAUGAGGACGCAAAUCCAUUUGGUUGGACGAAGGAAGACACUUUUUGUAAAUUUCUUACUCAUUUUGUAAAGAAUGCACGGCCUUCAACGGAGCAUCCAGUUUUGCAACUGGUUGACAAUCACUUUUCGCACUUGUCAUUGAAUGCACUAGACUAUGCGACAGCACAUGGAAUUAUUAUGUUAAGUUUUCCACCCCAAUGCACCCACAAGUUGCAGUCACUAGAUAGAACAGUCUAUGGCCAUUUUAAAAAGGCUGUAAAUACAGCCAUCAACAGUUGGAUGGUCAGUAACCUUGGAAAGAGUAUGACAGUUUACAAUAUUCCAGAGAUAGUGAAGGUUGCCUUUCCAUUGAGCAUGACCCCAAAUAACAUACUGAGCGGAUUUUCUUCCUGUGGCAUCCAACCAUUUAAUCCUCAAAUAUUUACAGGUUUGGACUUUGCUCCAAGUUCAGUAACAGAAAUGUCUAUGCCAGUCAAAAUAAAUCCUCAAUUAACAAUGCCUCAAGCUUCAGAGGUUACAGUCUCACCAGAACAAUCCACUUGUGCUUCAACUUCAAGUUUGACUUUGUCAUCACAAGAGCGUUCAACAUCUCAAGCCAAAUCAAUUUCUGAAUGCUUUGAGCUUGCAUCUCCAGAUAAAACCUACACUUGUGAUAAAAUAUAA